AUGCUUAGCCUUGACAACAUCAUUUUUCCGAUGGGGCAAGAGGAAAUUCUUCGGACCAAGGAGGAUAUCUUGAGGGUGGCAAGCUUCCCCAACGUAGUUGGUGCCAUUGAUGGAACUCUGAUUCCCAUCAUCGGAAUGUCUGGAGACGAUGAGCAUGUUUUUGUGUGCAGAAAAGGGUUUCAUGCCAUAAACAUGCAGGGAAUCGUGAUGGCUGACCUGAGAUUUACAAACAUUGUUUGCAAGUAUGGGGGUGCAACACAUGAUGUAUACAUACUUGCCAACUCGAGCAUUCCCGAGAUAAUGGACCAGCUGCCAGGUGGAGAAUGGCUUUUAGGGGACAGUGGCUACCCACUUCGUCCAUGGCUGAUGACUCCUUUCCUCACGCCCCAAGCAGGAUAGCAGGACAAAAUACAAUGCCAGUCACAUCAAGACAAGAAAUUGCGUUGAGAGGGCUUUUGGUGUCCUUAAAGGGGCUUAGACACGAUCUGAGAUCAAAAUUUUUUUAUGUAAAAAAUGGUUUACUUGUGCAUUUGAAAUGAUUGACCAAAUUAUGAAAUGUUAAAGUCAAGUUACAAGCGAGAUACAGAGGUAAGAAUUGAUAGUUAUGUAAACAAAGCUCGAGUCUUAUAGUUGUUUACAAAAAAUGUAAUGUAGAAUUUCACCCUUUCUUAGACAAAAUGACGUGUAAAAAACAAUUUAAACUAAUUCAAUAUCUUCAUAAAUACUAUUAUCAACAAAAGAAAGUUACAUUUGAUUAAAACUUACACCAAUAAAAUGACAAUAUUCGAGCUUUGUUUACGAAACAAAGAAUUAAGAACUCUGUAUCUUGCUUAUAACUUGAUAUUUGAGUUUCAAAUUUUGACAUAGUAUUAUAAACUUCUAUAUUUAUCAGUAUAAACAUUGAAAAUGGAAAA